GCCCACAGCAGACCCCGCCCCUCCAGCUCUAGCAGAUUGCCGAUUGGUCAGCAUCGCGGCCGCGCGGGAGCGGGGAAUUCUGUCACACUGAGCGGAGGAAAGAGGAGAAAAAACGCGCUAGGGAAGAAGCGGAGUUGGUCUUCAGGUUUGGCCAGUACAUGAGGAGUCAGGCUCUGGUGGUGGACCUUCGAACUCACUGAUGUGACCAUCCUGGUUGUUGGGCCCUUUUGGUAGUCCCGUCAUCCCCAGAAGCUCAGGGUGUGGUGUCCUGGGAGAGGACAUUCUCUGUGGCAUUCCCUAAGUUGUGGAACUUCCUCCCCACCAAGUUUUUGGAAGCCUUUUUCUAGGGAGCUAUGGACAGGUGCAACAAGGUUAAGCUCCUGCUGAAAAAAUGGGAGGCUUCAUUUCUUCAGGAGCACCAAAGAAGACCCAGCAAGGCUGAUGUUGCAGAGGCUCCUGAAGAGAUCAGAAGACUCUACAGAGAGUACAAGGCACUGAAAGAAAUCAAAGGGCAUGAAGGCCUCCUUGAAUCGGAAGCAAUCUGCCAGCAAGGAACUCGGGAACCGCCAGCAGAACAGGUACCUGAAUCAGAUUGCUGGGGUGUGCACUUGAAUCGAGGAAAUAUGGUUCCUAAACUGACUACACGGGAUCAGGAGACACUGCAGGCUUCUGCACAGUAUUUUGGGAUGAAGCUGAAAUGCAACUUGGGAGCAGCUAUUAAGGAGCGUCCUGCAACUUUAAGGAAAUCCCUCACUCCCAAGAGGAAAUUGGUCACUUUAGUGCCAAAGGACAUGCAUCAAACCACAAAGGCAGUAUCUUCCAAACCACCUGAGGCUCCUUUGUUAAAAAGUUGCCCAGAUCAGCUGCUUUUCCCUGAUCCCACAGAACUUGCAACCCUCUUGCCUCCUUCAUUUCCGGGGCUAACUCCUGACAAGCUCCCCUUCUCUGACCCAAAGCCAAGGCCGUCACCAGCACCGGAUAAGUUUCAGCUGUUGAAGCGCACAGUGACCAAGCGGCUGACUUGCCUGGAUCCUGGCUGGCUGGACAGGUGCCAAGGGGCAAAACCGUUGGCAAGAGAGGGGCUGAUAGGAGACUGCUGUCCUGCCUCAGUUGGUGGGUCAGAUCCAGGCCAGGGAUCACCAGGGCACAAUUCCCUGGGGAAAUGGGGUGCUCUUCCUCACAUAGGAGAGUUGGAACAGGAGAUGUGUUGCGAUUCUCCCAGGGAAAACAGUCAAAGGACCGUGCUGGAGAGGCAGCCCUUGCCCCAAAGCAUCAGAGAUAACGGCAGGCCAAGCGUGCCAGUUAACCAGACUGCAGGCGAGACCCCAAGCAAGGAAGGCACAGACACAGCACUCCCUGAAGCCAAAGCUGAGUUUCCUGCCAUAAAGGAAAGCCACAAACUGGAGAAAUGCACAAAGGAUGCCACUCGGAAGACAGAGAUGUGGCAUCGGGAAGAAAGUUCACCAAAUUUGAGAGGAGCUUUCUGUGAAGUGGAGGAUGGGCGGCGGAGCCCUUCCAAGAGAGGAAAAGCCUCUUGUAAGAAGAGGCAACAGGAUGCGGACGCCCAGGAAGAUGAUUGCAAGGACGGAGCCAAAUGUGGUACCUCUGGUGUAAAGCGCAAGAGGACUAAAGGACUAGCGGAGGGAAGCCGUGUCAAAAAACUACGUGGGGCCAGUCAAAAGCCAGGGCUGAGUGAAUAUGACUAUGAUGACCAGGACACUGCUGAAGCACAAGAGGAAAGCGGAACAGUUGUCCCAGUUCCCUUUGAAAACCUGCUUGGGGAGGUUGAUGGGGAGGAGUGUCCCAAACGGAGAUCCAGCAUCCUGGCCUGCAGGGCACCACCAAAGAAGGAUGGCAACUUUGUGCGUCUCAAUCUCAAGAGGAAAUCCCACGUGAAAGGGCACGUCUUGAAAGGAAGGCAGCUUCGCAAGCAGGUAUGGAAGCAGAAGUGGCAGAAAAAGGGGGAGCAGUUUGGAGGCGGUGACAAGCGCUUGGACCGAGGCUCUGACACUUGCUUCCGGUGCGGGGGACUCGGCCACUGGGCUUCACAGUGCAAGGGGAGAGUGGCAGAACAGCUCCCUGCUACUGACACCCAGCGGAAGGGACAUGGUUGUGCUCCUGAAGAGGAGGUGCCGUUGCUAACUCUAGAGGAAGCGGCUCAGAUGACCAACACAGCCUACAGCAAGAUCACAGGGAAGAGUAAGAGCAGCCAGGGAGACCCGAAGGAGCUUGCUCAGCAGGAAGAGGUUUACCUGCAUGUGCAGAGGCCUGUGUGUGAACUUCUCCCUCCACCUGCGCCAACAGAACCUCUCUACGGAUUGGGGCAGGACGGAAAGGUGAGAGAGACCCCACCUGAAGUGUUCAAAGCGUUGGCUGAGCUGGGCUACACCUCCUUCCGCCAAGGGCAGGAAGCAGCAGUGGUGAGGAUACUCUCAGGGCUCUCUACGCUGGUGAUCCUGUCAACGGGAAUGGGGAAAUCUCUCUGUUACCAGCUCCCUGCGUAUCUAUACAGCAAGCGGUCCAAAUGCAUCACCUUGGUGAUCUCUCCUCUCGUAUCACUGAUGGAUGACCAAGUCUCCGGGCUUCCCCAGGGCCUGAAAGCAGUCUGCAUGCACUCCAACAUGUCCAAGGCCCAGAGAGAGGUUGCUAUGGACAGGGUAAAGGCAGGGAAGGUUCAUGUGCUCCUGCUGUCCCCCGAGGCCUUGGUUGGGGGAGGCCUCUCAACAUCCAGUUGCCUCCCACCAGCUGAUCAGCUCCCCCCGGUAGCUUUUGCCUGCAUUGAUGAAGCACACUGUGUCUCGGAGUGGUCCCACAACUUCCGCCCUUGUUACCUGCGGCUGUGUAAGGUUCUUCGGGAUCGCUUGGGCGUGCGCUGCUUCCUGGGCCUCACAGCCACUGCCACCCUCUCUACCGUGCGGGAUGUGGCUCAUCACUUGGGCAUCCCAGAGGGCGAGGGGAUUGCUGUGCGAUUUGCUGCCGUCCCUCCAAACUUGCACCUCUCUGUCUCUGCAGACAGAGACAAGGACCAGGCCCUCGUGAGGUUGCUGCAAGGGGAGAGGUUUGGGAGCCUGGACUCCGUCAUUGUUUACUGCACACGCCGGGAGGAGACGGCCCGGAUUGCAGCCCUCAUCCGCACGUGUCUCCAGGGUGUGAAGCUCAAAGAACCUCCCGGUGCUGAGGAGCGGGAAGAGGACAGUAGCAGCAUUGCUGAGAAGAGGAAGAAAGCAAAAGCUAAAAAGAGCAUUCGCCGCCCUCUGAAGUGGAUUGCCGAAGCCUACCAUGCUGGCAUGUCUGCUGCUGAACGCCGUCGGGUGCAAAACAACUUCAUGUCUGGCCAGUUGCGGGUGGUGGUGGCCACAGUGGCCUUCGGCAUGGGGCUGGACAAAUCUGAUGUGCGUGGUGUGGUGCACUACAACAUGCCCAAGAACUUUGAAAGCUACGUGCAGGAGAUUGGGCGGGCGGGAAGAGAUGGCCAACCAGCCCAGUGCCACCUCUUCCUGCACCCAGAGGGUGAGGAUUUGCAUGAGUUAAGGCGACACAUCUAUGCAGACACGGUUGACUUCUUCACUGUGAAGAGGCUCGUACAAAAGGUUUUCCCUUCCUGCAAGUGCCGGGAACUUCACCAGAAACAGGAGGAGCUCGGCAAGGGCAGUGAAGUGGAUGAUGUGGAGAUGCUGGCUGCCUUGGAAGGAAGCAGUGAGAAGGAGGAGGAGCGGCCUGGACCAGGCGAUGGGCAGCCGAGAGCGUGUUACAAGCACGAGAGAGCCAUCCCUAUUCAGCAGACCGUGGAGGCCCUGGACUUCCGAGAGGAAGGUAUAGAGACACUUCUGUGUUACCUGGAACUGCACCCCCACCACUGGGUGGAGCUCCUGCACCCCACCUUCUCUUCCUGCCACGUGGCGUGCUAUGGUGGCCCUCAGCAGCUGCGGACAGUUGCUCAAAGGUGCCCUCCUCUCGCAGUCUGCCUGGCCCAGCAGCGCCUGAAAGGGGUUGACCACACUCAUGCCAGCGCUGUGGAGUUUGAUGUCAUUGAACUGGCCGACUCUAUGGGCUGGGAGGUCUUGCCAGUGAAGAGAGCUCUCCGUCAGCUGCAGUGGAGCACCCAGCUGCAGAAUGGUUCCCACGUCUCUAGGAAGAGCGGGAUCCUAGUGGAAUUUAGCGAGUUUGCUUUUCACCUGCGUUCCUACGGUGACCUCACCGAUGAGGAGCUGGACUCAGUAUGUGACUUCUUGCACCAGCGAGUGAUGGGCCGUGAAAAGGCAGCCCUCUGCCAGCUCCAAGCAUGCUUCCAGGCCUUUCAGAGUGUGGCUUUCCGGACCUGUGCCUUGUGCUGUGACCAUGGGGUCGAAGAGAAGAGCACCCAGCUGAAAUCUCUGCUGAUGGAUUAUUUUGAGAAGGAUACAAUGCUAGAUGAAGUGGAUCCUGAUGCUGAAGAUCUCCAGGCCGUUAAAUUUCGAGAUUGGGAAGAGCAAAUACGAGCAGACAUCCGCAACUUCCUGUCUAUUCGCCAAGAUGAGAAGUUCACUGGCAGGGCUGUGGCCAGAAUAUUUCAUGGCAUAGGAAGCCCAUGCUACCCUGCCCAGAUUUAUGGCAGAGACUGGCGUUUCUGGAGGAAGUACAUACACUUUGACUUCAACAAGAUUAUACGCAUGGCCACGGAAGAGAUCAUCCAUUGGAAGUGAGUUCAUCCUGCACUGGUUUCUCCAGAGGUGAAAUCCCACAGCAAGGCUUCAGGAUUGCUCCGACUGGAAGAUGGAACUGAUGCUAGCGCUGGGACCACAGCAGCUACAGCUCCCCCCCAUCAUCCCCCAAGGUUUCUUGGAACUUCUCUGCAGGGCAGAUGGACCCUAGGCAAUUGAAUGAAAUUUUCCAUUGCUCUGGAAUAAGCAGUGGUUUAGUGGAGAGUGGCUUGUUUUCAUCUUUAGGCUUUUCCACUCGUAUGUAAAGCUUCCUUUUUUAUGUUUGGGAUUAUUUAAAAUUUGUCCUGAUUUUUAUCAUUUUUUUAAAAAACCACGUUUUUUGGUGAGAAAGCGAGUUGUUGCCUCCUGACUUAUCUUCAAAAGAUUUUUAUUAUUUUUAUAUACAAUCUGGAGUUGUGCGUAUUUUGCGAGUAUCGAACAGUGUUCCUGAAUGGCUUUCCUUCUUCCUCCAGGGUGCUGGCAUUUGGGAGAGGGAGGAGAGAGGGUUUGGGCAAUUGGGAGAGGCUUGGCAUUGACUGACAUCAGUAAGCAUCACUUUGAAGAACUGAUGGGCAAAUCCUUUUCCAUAAUAGAACUGUGAGCAUUUGUUUCUAUGUACUGUUUUUAACAAUAUAAACUUUUAAAUGUUUGACUGCUGCUCACUUCAAAGAUGGCAUUUUCACCUCUGCUAAACCUACUUCAGCCAGUGUAUGCAGGGACCUUUAGCUAUGUAUCUCUAAAUAAGCCGAGGAAUGCUUGCACUAUGUUAUAAAAUUAAUCCUAAAACUAUUGUCUUGGGCACAGAUCUUCUCUCAGUUCCCCCCACAUCCUUUCUGUACAUUGCUGUUAAUAAAUAUAAAAAGUA